AUGGCCGGCAGCUUCCCAGGCACUGUCCCCCGGCCUCGGAGGGAGCGGGUCCUUGCGGAGACUGUGGUUGAGGCUGGUGUGACUGGGGAUGCCUCCCGCCCCACCCCGCCCAGUUGCUGCUGCCCGCGGUGUGUGGUGUCUGCGCUGGGCGGAGCCUUGAAAAGAUCUUUUGAGGUCGAGGAGGCCGAGACGCCCAACUCCACCCCGCACCGGAGGGUCCAGACCCCUGUGCUCCGGGCCACUGUGGCCAGCUCCACCCAGAAGUUCCAGGACCUGGGCGUGAAGAACUCCGAGCCCGCAGCCCGCCAUGUAGACUCCCUCAGCCAGCGAUCCCCCAAGGCUGCCCUGCGGAGGGUCGAGCUCUCGGGGCCCAAGGCCGAGCCCGUGUCCCGGCGCACGGAGAUCUCCAUCGACAUCUCAUCCAAGCAGGUGGAGAACGCCAGCACCGCUGGGCCGUCUCGCUUCGGGCUCAAGCGAGCCGAGGCGCUGGGCCACAAGACGCCAGAGCCCACCCCUCGGAGGACGGAGAUCACCAUAGUCAAGCCCCAGGAGUCGACCCACCGGAGGAUGGAGACCCCUGCCUCCAAGAUCCCCGAGGUGCCCACAGCUCCCACUGCAGACGCAGCCCCCAAGAGGGUCGAGAUCCAGGUGCCCAAGCCAGCUGAGGUGCCCGCCUCCCCCAUCCCACCCCAGACCCUGGAGAAUUCAGAACACGCCCUGAUGUCUCAGCUGCAGAACAGGCUGGAGCCCAAACCCCAGCACCCCGUGGUCGAGGCCCCACCCAAGAGCCAAGAGGGUGAGUAG